AUGCUAGGGCCCAGCAUCACGGUGGCAAUUGGGUCAUUUUCUCUUCCGUUAGCUGUGUCCCCACGAGUGGAGGAACUGUCGAGGCCCAGGAGGUUCUACUUGGAGUAUUAUAGCAACAACAGGACCACACCCAUCUGGCCCAUCCCUCGGCCCACAUUGGAAUACCACCCCACCGAUCGGCUGAAGGAACUGGCAAUCCCCAAGAUCCGUACUAAUAUUUGGAACAUGGACAUGUCUGAGGUGUUGCACGUGUCCCGGGCAGCUCAGACAGCAGUCCCCAGCCAACGGAUCCUGCAUUUAGCAAAGCCCAAGGUCCCAGCCCCCCUUUUGGAAGAGUGGGACCCCAUGCCGAAACCCAAGACCCAUGUGUCAAACUACAGGCGUCUUCUGCAGCUGGCCAUGCCCAAGGCCCAGUGGGAACAGUGCAUACCUGACCGCAGUCCUCACUGGGAGGUCCUGAAUGGCACCAAGAAGGCAGUGGCCAGUGAGCGGAUCCUCUCCCUGGCUCGGCCUAAGGUCCGCAGGGAUCUCAACGAAGGCUACAACCCCUUCCGUGUCUCCCCGGCCUCUCUGGUGGCUCAUGCAUCCCCCCGGAUCUACGAGCUCGCCAUCCCCAAAAGCGUUACCAAGAAAGUGUGA